AUGGCUGCUGCUGCACCGAUUCCUAAGUUAAAAAGAGAUGGAGCUGAACCUGGCGUUGUUAGUGGCAAUAUCGUUCAAGUACCUGUAGAAGUACCCGUUAGUAUCUGCGGAAAUACUGUUAAUGUUGUUGGUCUAUUGAAUCCUGCUCAUGGCAAUUUAAUAGUUUGA